AUGACAGCGUCAGACGAUGAAGAUUUUUCUCAGUUACAAUCAGAUCAGAACAGAAAACAGAGGAAGGCAGGAGGAUGGCAAUCUCUUGGUAAGAAGUUCGUCUUUUUUAUUCUCAAAUUCUUCGUUUUGUUCCAGGACUCGAUCACACUGUUUUCAAAGCCAUCGAGAAAAAAGGAUUCAAGCAACCGACUCCCAUUCAAGUUUGUUUUUUCAAUUUUUUUUUUCGACUACACGUUUGGACUUCUAGUUCGCCAAAGGCGGUUGUUCGUUAUAGCUUUUAAAGAUCUUGUUCACCGCCUAGUCGAUUACAUCAGACUAAAACAACAAAAUGAAUGAUUUGAUUUGAUUUGAUUGAUUAUUUUGAAGAAAAAGAAGUUUCAGAGGAAGACAAUCCCGUGUAUAUUAGACGGGAAAGACGUGGUGGCGAUGUCGCGAACGGGAAGUGGAAAGACUGCGGCAUUCGUGAUCCCCAUGAUACAGCGACUGAAGCGCCGUGACACUAAAGGAAUUCGCGGAUUGCUGGUCUCGCCAACUCGAGAGCUCGCUCUUCAAACCUUCAAAGUCGUCAAAGAGGUUUUUCUUGUCAUUUUUGAGCUUUCAGAAAGUAGUUCAACGCAGCAUCAAUCUUUCAGAAUCGUAUUCAUAACCUAAGCAAAUUUUAUAGAUGCUAAUCAUCUUGUUCAGCUCGGUCGAUUCACGGGACUGCGAUGCGCUAUUUUGGUUGGCGGUGACGCGAUAGAAGACCAAUUCUCUACCAUUCAUGAAAACCCGGACAUGUAAUUAAUGAUUCCGUUCGAAAAAUCGGUUCGAUUUCAGUCUGAUAGCAACUCCCGGCCGUUUGCUCCACGUCAUCGUCGAAAUGAAUCUGCGGCUUUCAUUUGUCCAAUACGUCGUUUUCGACGAAGCUGAUCGACUUUUUGAAAUGGGUUUCCAAGACCAACUCACAGUGAGUUUUUCAUCCCGCAUAUAUAAAAUGGAAAAUAGAGUUGUAUGAUCUUUUCUGACGAAUUUGAAAACCUCAGAAAGCUAUAUGUGAAAAAACCAGUGUUUCAAAAACUCGAAUAAAAUUUUGCAGCAUGAAAACAGUUUCAAAGUUAGUGGAAACCAGUCAUGUGUUUUUUAUUAGAGUUUAGUCUAUUUUAAUGAAUAAUUUUUUUGAAUAAAAUGUCUGUAUCUUUUAAAAAAACUUCAUCAUAUCUUCAAAAAGAAGAUCUGCUUCAGGAAACACUGAAAAGGAUUCCGGAGAGCAGACAAACGCUUCUUUUCUCGGCAACUCUCCCCAAAAUGCUGGUCGAUUUCGCAAAAGCCGGCCUGACCGACCCGACUUUAGGUAUUCAUCAGUUCCAUAGUGUUUUCUCACCGAAUUCCAUUUUCAGUGCGGUUAGAUGUCGAUGAAAAAGUGAGUGAGCAGUUAUCCAUGAUUUUUUGCACGUGUCGACCUGACGAAAAACUCGCCAUCCUUUUGCAACUUUGCAGGUUAAUUUCGCUCGCCUUUUUUUCUAAACUUGUUUCAAUCAAGCGCUAAAAAAAUUUUUCAAAAUAGUAAAAUUUAGCAUAAUGAAAAACAAUUAAAAUGCAAGUAAACUCCAAUUGUUACAUCAAAGUUGAAGAAUUACAUCGAAAUAUUUGUUUAAAAUUAACAGUGACUUGAAAAAAAUUUAUGUAUAGAUUCAAAAACCUUUCUUGACUAUUUGAGCGAAGAAAGUUUCGAAAUUCUUCAGUCAGUUUAUUUAUAGUAGUCAUUAUUUUUAAUAAAAAAAGAGCGUCGAGCAGUGACUACUACAAAUAUUCACUGUUGGAAGCUAAUUAUUCCGUAUUUGCAUGAUUUAUUGUUUUUUUUACCAUGAAAACUGAAAUUUUUCAUUAAAAAAGUUUAACGUUUAAAGAUCUAACGUUUUAAUUUUAUCGGUGAGGAUCUUCUGCAAUCUUCAUUUAUUUUCAGCGAGCAGAUCAUUUUUUUCUAUUUUUUUAGCCAAUCGGCUUUAGUUUUUUUAUAUCUAUCUUUUGAAAAAAACUGCCUUUGAUUAAUUUUCACUUCAUGUGCAAAUUGAAUAUUGAAAUAAUAGUUUAAGAUAAAUUCCAGGCGAAUGGACGUCGAAAAGAAACAAACCGUCGUUUUCUGCGCAACAAUGAAACAUGUAGAAUACGUGGUGGGAAUCCUCAAUCGGGCCGGAAUCGACUGUUCUUUCGUCUACAGUCAACUCGACGCGACCGCUAGGAAAAUGAACAUCGCAAAGUUUGCACUUUCUCAGAAAUCAAUUUAUUUAUAUGAAAAUGUUUCUUUCAGAUUCCACCAGAAGGAAAACAACAUUCUUGUCGUGACUGACGUCGCCGCUCGAGGUGUCGAUAUCCCUCUUCUUGACACAGUGAGCCUUUUUCCAGGUUUUUAUACAUAAUAAACCAUGGAAGCUUUUGAUUUUAUUAGAAUUCGCGGUGAAAAUAAUAUAAAAAAGAAGUUUUGAAAAGUUUGAUGAAACUGAGAUGAUUUUUUCUUCGAAAUUCCAUAAGUAUCUUUUAGUCGGGUCUGUGAGCACAUAAUCGAAAUACAGAUAAUGGAUUUUCAAGGUGAUCAACCUGCAUUUUCCCCCGAAAGCCAAGCUUUUCGUGCACAGAGUGGGACGAGUAGCACGUGCCGGCCGCUGCGGAACCGCCAUUUCCCUCGUCGCCAACGACGAAUUGCCUUAUUUGGCCGAUCUUUUCCUCUUCCUUGGCAAACCGAUGCGGUUUGCCGUAGACUCAGAUCAACACCAAGGUAUUUUACCCACUCAGAUUUCAACCGAAACAACCUGUUUUAGAUAGUUUGACUCUGAUUGGACGUGUUCCAGAAAAUAUGGUCGCCUUGGAAACGGAGUUUUUCAGACAUGUGCACGAUAAUAACGAAGAAAUGGUUUUAUAGCCUCAAUCAUAUUUUAAUUGAUUAUCUUUUCCAGCUCGAUUUGAAACAAAAAGCGACAAACGCGAUGAUGAAGUACACGAGAACCCGACCUCCUCCAUCAGCAGAAUCUGCGAGACGCGUCAAGCAGGAGAUCCGGUAACCGGUCGAGAUUCCUUCUGAAUUUGCCUUUUUUCUAGGCCAAAGUCUCUGGAAUGCGCUCCUCAUCCAUUUUUGAGAAGCGAAGACGACAAACAGAGUAGUGACAUUCUCAACCAGAUUUCCAACUACAAAAGUCACUCGGUUCCUUUUUUAUCUUGUCUCAGUUUCAACUUAUUCGGUUGUUCAGACAAUCUUCGAAGUGAAUGUGGGGACAAAGUCGCAAGCGGCCCUGGUUAUGAAAGAGAAACGGAAAGCGCACGAGAAUCACAUAAAAACGACGGCGGAAAAGAAGGUUUCCGACGCGGCAGCCGCCUCUGAACAGCUGGAGACGAGCAGCGCCAAGUCUGGGCUUCAAGUCGCCGACGACGAAGAAUUGGUUCGUACGGCAUUCUAGUCAUAGGGUUACUGCAAAAAUCGAGGAGUGUACGAGUGAACCCCUAGAAAUUUCCUUUCUGAGAUUUCUUUCAAUGUGAGUCAUCUCGCUUUCCUACUUUUUCAAGAGUAUUACUACUAGCUUUUAACCUCAAAUAAAAGAAAAUCCUGUCUCGAAGUCGUUUUUUUGAAAAUGAUGCUUUUCUAUGCCGGCUAGAUUUUCUUUUCAGUGGAACGGCUUUAAUUGCGUAGCCUGAUUUUCAGCUACCCGCUCCAUUUUGUUGAAAAGACAUCCAAAACUCUAGGAUGAGAUGACAAGAAUUUUGUCAGUGAGAAAUUUCAGGAAGACGUUUUCACAAACGUGAUUGGAGCAACCAAAGCGACGGUAACAUCGGAAGAGAAUCCCAGGAAAAGAAAGGCUUCAAAUGGGAAACGAAUAGACAGAAGCGAGCAGAUGCGUCUUGAAAAAGUUUGGAUGAAAGGAGAAUCUGAAGUCUCAUCGAUGGGUGCAGGAGCGACAUUACAUCGCCUAUUCCGCCGCGGACUACAACUCCGAGAAACAGCUGGCUCUGGAGAAGGUGGACUUUGGACGGCAGGCUGAAGGCGUCUCCGUCGACAUCAUCGCCGACGACGACCGCGGAAUGUACAAGCAGACGCACGCAAAAAGAUGGUUUUGCCCUGUUUUCUUCCCUCUUAAAAUGGGGUUUUUUCAGGGACCGAAAGCUGAAGAAGUAUGUCGGUCCCUCUGGCGACGACUCUUCGAAGAAGAAAAUUCGGACAGAAGACGGAACUUGGCUGCCGGCCUCCUACAAAACAGGUCGCUAUAAGGAGUGGAAGCAGAAACAGAAGAUCGGCUUUGGAAAUGUUUGUUUUUUUUUUUCAAAUUAGUAUAAUCACCAUCCACCUGAGCUUUUAUUCAAAUCGUUGAACUGAGCCCCUAAUUCCUCUUGCUCAGUAGCAGUUUUUAUUAACGUCCCUAUCCAUUAUAUUAAAAUUUUCUUAUCGAGUUGCUUUAGGAAAACGCUGAGGACUCUGAAAUGAAGGAAAAGUCGAACCGUUCGUCCAACAGGAAGCGAAAAUGGGCACAGGCCGGUGGCAAAUCUUCUGGUCCCAAACAUUCUGAAAUCAAGAAGCCUGAACAGAUUCUGAAGGUGCCAUCAAAUUUUUUUUUUCCCAUGUUCAGUUUUUAUUAGGAGCGACAAAAGAAGGAUCGUCUCCAAGAUUACAUGACGCAUCGAAGAACGGAGAAUCUGAAGAAAAAGGCCGCAUCUUUGAAGAAAACUGGAGGGAAAACCGCUGGAAAAGCUGGAGGGAAAUUCCAGAAGAAGGGCAGAGGAAAACGCUGA